CUUCGAUGAUUAUGGUGUAAUUUUCAUCGUCGUCUUCGCUCGCCGGAAAGUGUGGGAGAAAACAACGGCGACCGCGUCCGUCCUUCUGACGAAGGUAGCGAGAGUCAGAAAUGGCCGUCUCACCGGAGGUAGCCAUGGAAAUCCUUAAGGAGAAAGCGUCGUUCAUGAGGGAAUCGCUACACAAGAGCCAAACCAUCACCGAUAACAUGGUCUCGAUUCUCGGUUCGUUCGACCACCGCCUCUCCGCCCUAGAAACCGCCAUGCGCCCCACCCAGAUACGAACACAUUCAAUCCGAAGGGCGCACGAGAACAUUGACAAGACGCGCAAAGUUACUGAGCUCAUUUUAGGUCAAUUUGAUCUUGCACGGCAGGCAGAGGCAAAAAUCCUUAAGGGGCCACAUGAGGACUUAGAAAGUUAUCUGGAGGCGUGUGAUCAGUUGAGGAGUGUUGUUAAAUUCUUUAGUGGUAACAAAAACUUUAAGGGUAGUAUAGGAGUGAUUACACAUGCCACUACUUUAAUCACAAAGUCAAUUGUUAAACUAGAAGAGGAGUUUCGUCAGCUUCUUACAUCAUACAGCAAACCGGUGGAACCCGAUCGUCUUUUUGAUUGUUUACCUCAAUCUCUACGACCAUCAACAGCAUCAACUGGUCACAGUGAAGGUAGUAGCAUGAAACAGCACCAGGCCAGGAGUUUAGAAACAGCUAUUUACCACCCUCCAGCUCUUAUUCCACCAAGAAUUGUGCCGCUUCUUCAUGCAUUGGCCCAUCAGCUGAUUCAAGCUGGUCACCUGCCAGAAGUUUUCAACAUUUACAGAGAAGUCCGAUCUUCGGUUGUUGAACUGAGUCUUAGAAAACUAGGAGUGGAAAGAGUAACGAAAGAGGAUGUACAAAAGAUGCAAUGGGAAGUUUUGGAAGCAAAAAUUCAAAGUUGGAUUCAUUACAUACGAAUUGCGGUCAAGCUUUUAUUUGCUGCAGAAAAGAAAGUCUCUGAUCAAAUGUUUGAAGGUCAUGAUACUCUAGGGGAUCAAUGUUUUGCAGAGGUUACAACAAAUGGUGUGUCUGUCCUACUCAGUUUUGGUGAGGCCAUCUCUAAGAGCAAAAGAUCACCUGAAAAGCUAUUUGUCCUUCUUGACAUGUAUGAAAUAAUGAGAGAAGUUCAACCGGAGUUGGAUAUACUUUUUGGAAAUAAAUAUUGUGGUGAAGUGAGAGAGGCUGCUGCAAUUUUGACAAAACGUUUGGCUGAGACAGCUCAAGAGACGUUUGUUGACUUUGAAGAAGCCGUAGAGAAAGAUGCCACGAAAACGGCUGUUCAAGAUGGAACGGUCCAUCCCUUAACUAGCUAUGUGAUCAAUUAUGUCAAGUUUUUAUACGACUAUCAAUCAACUUUAAAAAUGCUGUUUGGAGAGUUUGAUGACACUGAUGCAGAUGUCCAAAUGGGAGCUAUAACAACACGAAUCAUACAAGCUCUUAUGAAUAAUCUUGAUGGGAAAUCUAAGCAAUAUAAAGACCCUGCACUGACUCAACUGUUCAUGAUGAACAAUAUACACUACAUUGUAAGAUCUGUCCGCAGGUCGGAAGCUAAAGAUAUGUUAGGCGAUGAUUGGGUGCAGAUACAUAGAAGGAUAGUCCAGCAGCAUGCAAAUCAGUACAAGAGGCUCUCUUGGUCAAAGAUUCUUCAGUGUGUAUCGAUCCAGGGAGUUUCCCAAGGGGGGAGCAAUUCAUUUACAGGGGAUCCUCCUCCUCCUCCUUCGAGCUCCACAAGCAACGUUUCAAGGGCAACGGUAAAGGAAAGGUACAAAACAUUCAACACGCUGUUUGAAGAACUUCAUCAAAGGCAAUCACAAUGGACAGUUCCCGACAGUGAGUUGCGCGAGUCCUUGAGGCUGUCCGUUGCUGAAGUUCUAUUGACAGCUUAUAGAUCCUUCAACAAGCGCUUCGGGCCUAUGAUUCAGAACGGAAAGAACCCACAGAAGUACAUUCGGUUCACACCGGAGGACCUUGAAAGGAUGCUGUCUGAGUUGUUUGAAGGAAAGACAUGGAAUGAGCAAAAACGAUAGAGAUUUUGUUGUGGUUUUGCAGAUCAAUUUUGGGCUUUUUAGAGCUUCUCUUCUGAUAUUAUUCAUUCAUUCAAAUAAAUUUACAAUGCUAAUAAAUAGUGCACGGCGAUGCAUUCAACAUAUCAGUUAUAAGAAUGGUAUAAAAAUGUGGAAAACCCGGCCUAUAUGAAACAUAGUCUGUAUAUAUGUCUUGCAUUGAGAUUGAGAGUACAUACACUUGGGAUAAGUGAUAAGAAAUCACUCUUUAAGUU